GAGGAGGGACAGGGAUAACGUGGGUUAUUAAUUGUUCAGGCGUUUUGGCAAAUCGCUCCAUUGUCAAGGGACACUUAUCCUUUCAACAAGAGAGAUGGCAUAAGCAAGUUUUGGAGCCAGGUGGACGUGGUGAGGGCGUUGGUGAAUUCUCUUGCUUGGAAUAGUUCUCUAAGCCCCAGGUUUAGCAUGGGGCCGUAUUCAGAGCCGCGGCCAGGCUGAGAUGCUGCAGGGAGCACUGCAUGAGGUGGGAGCACCAGCUGUGCAGGGCCUGGCAGAAUGCACCCAGCAAGCACAGGGCACAGCAGAAUGCUCUGUGAGCAUUCCUGCGGGUAAAAUGCCCCUUUGCUGCUUCUGCUCCACAUCACCACGGCUCCUGAUUCCGACCUGCAGCAUCAUUCCCAGCGGGAGCCUACAAGAGAGCCAGAGAGGGACUUCUGACAAGUGAUAGGGCAAAGGGGAAUGGUUUUAGAGUGACAAAGGGCAGAUUUAGGUCAAGUAUUAGGAAAAAAAUUCUUCCCUGUGAGGGCGGUGAGGCCCUGGCACAGAUUGCUCAGAGAAGCUGUGGCUGCCCCAUCCCUGGAUGGGUUGGACAGGGCUUGGAACAACCUGGGCUAGAGGAAAAUGUCCCUGCCCAUGGCAGGGGAGUUGGAAUGAGAUGGUCUUUAGGGGGCUUUCCAACCCAAACUGUUCUAUGAUUCUGUGAAUCUGGCAAAUGGAUUUUUUUUUUUUGAACAUCUAACAAAAAUUAGUAAUGAUCAGUGUGUCUAACCAAUGGAUUGCCAAGUGGGUUGGCUGAUGGCUACUGUAAAAUCUAGGUGAUGGUUUCAGCCUGUAGUGACUUCUCAGCACUUUCCUGUUCCAACAAAAGGGAUGGAAAAUCAACAGAAACUCCAUAUGCUUUGAAACAGGGUGGCCCAACCACGCGGGUGAGGCCUUGGUGGCUCGAGGGGAAAUCAUUAUUCAUUUUGGCUACGAGCAGCAUGAAUAACAAGAUGUUUAUAUAUGCAAAUCAGGCUCAUUGUAACGUCUGCUGUGGGAAAAAAAUAUAAUUAUAUUAAAAAAAAAAAAAAAAAAAAAAAAAAAAAAAAAAAAAAAAGAAGAAGAAGAAAAAAAAAGGACAAAAUUCCCUUGUGCAGAGGCACAAGGGUCAGGACCGAAGACCAUUUGAAGCGGCUCCUGGAGGGUGUUUUCCCCGGCGAUGCCCAGCGCUGGUGCGGGGCUGUCGGGAGCGGCCCCGCCCCGGCCCGGCGGGCGCAGCCCCGGCCCGCCCCCGCCGCCGUCACUUCCCGCAGCUGAGUGCGAGCCCGACCCGGGCCCGGCCCUGCGAGCCCGGCUCCGCGUCUAGAUCUGAAGAAAACUCCUCCUCCUUCAGCAGUAGCAUGCCCAUAGUCUUCCUGGCCAAUGAUUCUUCUACAGCAAGCAGGACUUCUUCCUCAUCCUGAGAAGCCUUCAUCCCUUCCUAUGUCAGUGGCUACAAGGCCAAGAGCCAGCUCACCACUGUCCCCACCAAAGUCUCUCGGACUGGGGCCUUCCUUUCAUCACACACAAGAAGAGGAACUUGCCAAGGCGGUGGAGCAGGACCCUAUGCUGGAGGAACUAUGUAAGCCCCUGUGCUGUAAGCUUUGCAAUGUCACCCUGAAUUCGGCCCAGCAAGCCCAGGCUCACUACCAGGGUAAAAACCACAGUAAGAAACUCCGGAAUUACUAUGCUGCCAACAGCUGUCCGGCACCUGCCAGGAUGAGUAAUUCUGUUGAGCCUGCCCCACCUCAGGUUGUCUCCCUUCCAGCUCAGAUGGGAUCCAGUAAACCAGGUGGCCGGGUGAUCUUGGCUACAGAGAAUGAUUACUGCAAGCUUUGUGAUGCCUCAUUUAGCUCUCCGGCUGUGGCACAGGCUCACUACCAAGGGAAGAAUCACGCCAAGCGGCUGCGUCUUGCAGAGGCACAGAAUAACUCAUUCUCGGAUGCCUCGGAACUAGGCAAACGAAGGGCAAGGAAAGAAGGGAAUGAAUAUAAGAUGAUGCAGAACAGAAGAAAUACAUAUACGGUUCAGAACAACACAGGUCCCUACUUCAACCCGCGCUCGCGGCAGCGGAUCCCCCGCGACCUGGCCAUGUGCGUGACGCCCAGCGGGCAGUUCUACUGCUCCAUGUGCAACGCGGGCGCCAGCGAGGAGCUGGAGUUCAGGCAGCACCUGGAGAGCAAGCAGCACAAGAGCAAAGUGUCCGAGCAGCGCUACAGGAGCGAGAUGGAGAACCUGGGCUACGUCCAGUGACGCGCCGCCCUCUCGGCAGUAGUUCGCAACUAGAGCAGCUUGUCUCUCGCCUGCUGUUUGCCACAUGCCCUGCUUUGUGCUCCAUUGGGUAGGAGUAUGCUCUCGAGCUGUACAUGUAACACCUGCAAACUUAACUGGUAUGGUUAGAUUUUUUUUCUAUCAUAGUCGGCAGGAUGACGCUGUGCAGGACAUGAAGUGUUUUUGGUGUUUGUUUGCUAAUUAUCUAAGGCUCUUCAUUGUGUUGAGUGGCGGGGAGGAACUGUGUCUUCUCCCCAGCCUUCUGCAUGAGUAUGCAACGCCCAAGAAGUGCUGGGAACUUCUGUGGUUCUACCACAUGGGUGGACCCAUGUGCAAAGCCCACUCCCCUCUUGACACACCACAGAGCAGUGCUCCAGAAUGCCUCCCUACAGCAGACUGAAUCUCUGCAGCUUGUAAAAGAGGGGCAGGAGUCGGGCCUAUGAAUGUGUGAAUUAGGUGGUGUACUUGUCCACACUUUGCUGCUUCUGGCCCCCAUUACAGUCCAGAGUAGGUUCUUUCCACAUCCUUGUAGAAAGGCUGUGCAUGCCUCUUCUUGGAGGGAGGAGCCUCUUACUGCUUCCUCUGCGAUGCAGAUUCCAUUCUGAACAUCUGACAUGGAUUUCAGCUGAUUAGCCCCAUUCAGAAAUACUCUUCUACUCUCAAUAUUGUUGCCUGGACACCUUAAUAUACCCUGGGUGUAGCUCAUCUCCCUGAAGAGAGUCUCUGGGGAUCUCAGUGGCUUAAUGAAGCGAACUGGAGAGCAAACCUGCUCGGGUGAGAUGUGCUGUGCUCUGAUUCUGCCUUAGACUGAGUCAGGUUGAAAAUAGAUGGAAGGAGCUGUCAGCUGUCAUUUCUUUGCAUGUUGAUGUAGAAGAGAGCAAGAGUUGGUCUCUAGCCUGCAGUCCUUGCUCUGGAAGAACAGGGCUACCUGAACUGGGUAGCAGAUAUUGGUGUGUCCCACUUCCAUGCCAUUCCCUGGGCAAAGCCUAAGGGGUGUUUAUAGAGCAAAGAUGAAGCUUCUAGCUUGGAACUAGAGCUGCCAGUAUUGGUUGACUUUUCCCCUCUCUUUUUUUUUUUUUUACCAUCUCAGGAUGGGUUUUAAUUCCAUUUCUUGAUGUGAAUUUGACUGUUCUAGGGACCAUCAAAAAUCCAAAGUUAUGUAGGAUUUAAAUUUCAGGGUGAUGAUUGUUUGAGUAAUGGCUUUUUUGCCUCAUGUAAGUAUUCAAGAAACUUGUUAAGCAGUUUUUUAAUUGUAGACAAACUCAAAAGUUGUGUGUGUUUGUUUUGAUAUUCCUUAGCAAAAGUAGGAAAGGGAUAAAGAGCAGAAGUAGGGCUGUCAAUUAUUCUUCUGCUAGUUUAGGAUUAGAUUUGAGGAGCUGUGAUUGGAGUCCAGUUUUCACGGUGUCAUUAAAACAUGGUCUCCAGUAGCAAGGGCAGCACAUAGGUGGCUUUUGUUGGACCUGAUCCCCCCUGUGCUGCUGGAGCUGUGCACUGGUGUAGCUUCACUGGCUUCAGUGGCAGGUGCAGAGAGAGGGUCAGGAAGCACCAUGGCUCAUCUCUCACCCCUCUUCAGGCAGCUGGAAUUAGAUGCAGCUCCAUUAGUUUCAGUAGGAUUUUACCAGGGAUAAAUUGUACUUAGUGCAUAGUGUUGAAGGUAGCUCCCCCGCCUCCUUUUAUUGCCAUUCUGAUCCUGCCUCUUGCAUUCCAGAAGGACUUUCUGCUUGCCUUAAAAAAUGAAGAAUGAGUAACAAAAAAAUCCAGAUAGUCUUUAUUCAUCUUCCUAGUCCACCUUCGAAAGGUUUGUUGCACUUGGCUGCUCCUCAGAAAUUGAGUAUUGCAUUCUUCAGCUCCCUGAGUGAGCAUCAGGGAGCCAUACCACCUGAAUGCAGGUUGAAAACAACCCCCUAGAUCAUUCCACCCUUGUCCUGCAGAUAGAGGCAGAGGAAUAGGUAUCCUCAUGAGUGGGAUUCCUUCCCCUCCUUUGUGCAAAACUCACUCAAGUGGGGUUUGUGCCCUGGAGCACGUGACAAGGUAAAACAGGUGCCCAGGUUUUAGAGCACUCACUGAAUAGUUCUGACAGCUUUGUAAGUCUUUUUCUUCUGUGCUUUCCUGCCCCUGCCUGACCCACUUGAAGAACAUUUGCCUUUCCAAAAUCUCUCAUCAGCCUUUCCCCCUCAUCAUUUGUAUUGACAGAAGGGCUCUGGUUUUCUCUUUGUGUCCUGUCCUUUGGUUUGCCAGUCUGACACCGCUGUCCAGAGGGACAGAGGGAGUUAGAUGAGCCUUACCACAAUGUGCUACAGCACAGUGAUCCCUGCAUUAUGGUUAAACAUCCCCCUGGCUGUAAAUUAAAGCGUGACAUUUCCCACAGGCUGCAAUUAGUAGCAGAAAAACAACUCUAUGUGAAAUAUGAGCUGGAGGAGCUGGAGGUACUGGUGUUUUCUGGCUUAUUGCUAGGGAUGAGGAGGCAUUUUUGCUUGCUGUCAUGUGUCUCAAAAAUCAGCUGUUCACCACUUAGCUUUGGUUACUGCUCCUACUCCCGGCCCAGCCAUCUGCUCCUCAUUUGGCAUUUCCAGUGACUGCUGGAGGUGACAAAACCUAGUUUGCUGCAGCUUUGCAGAUGUGCCACAGCACAGCAGUGUGCUGGUGCUUUUGGGAGGGUGCAGGGAUGUGCAGGGGGCUGUUCUGUCAGGCUCCUCUCUGCUUGGGGCUGAGUCUGGUUUGGAGUGGUGGCUUCAGUGUGCCCUGAACAGAGAAGCCUGGAUCUGCUUUGUUCUGUUCAAGGGGGUACAAGGAAUGUGGUCAUCCUGCUGAUUUCAGAGUGGUGGCUUGUAGAGCAGCUGUACAGCAGGCAGUGGGACUCAAGUGACAGGGUAGGACAGAUUUCCUCCCUGGAAGGAAAGAUGUCUUGCUGGGAGAAGCAGCUGAGACUCACUUUGCCCCAGUGCUCUGUUGUGGCCCUUCCUGCAAGCGACCAAAGCUUUCCUCUCCCUUUUCAGCAUUGCCUAAAGGCUUGUGAUCUUCCCACUCCCCUUUCAGCACAGGAAGCUGCUGACUGCAAAGAGAAAACACCAAACCUUCCCCAUUAUCCUUAGGGUUCAGGACAAUCCAAACUCAUACUUGUCAGCAUUAGAUACUGAGUAGAUCCUGAUUUUAUUUCUUUUUGUGAAAGGUGUUCUCCAAAUCACUGUUCAAAAAAUACUGAAAACACGUUCUGGGCAAACCCUUUUGACAUAGGUGGGCUUGGGAGAACACUGUACAGCUGAAGUGCCAUUUUCCAGACCCAAUUAAUCUUUUUCUCAUGUUAAACCAAGUACCAAACCCAAGAAACAGGACUUCUGUGAAGCUGUCACAUUGGCCAGUAGGUUAAUGACCUUUGCUGCUAGAAACAAAAUGUAAAUCAAUAUGUUCAUAUUUAUUUUACUGUGCUGACCACUAAUUGAUUUGUUAAUAUUUAAGACAUUAUGCUGUAGGUUGUUUUUAAGUGGAGAAAUUCUACAUCGCACUUUGCUUUUGGAUCAGAACAAUUAUUUAUUGUAUUUGUGAAAAUGUUUUUCCUCCCACAUAGCUAUUGUUUUCUUUCCCUUGAUGCAAAAACCCAACCAAACCCAAACAGCAAAACCCACCCCAAACGCCCCCAACCAAAUCCAACCCAUGGAUCUUUAUUUCUUUUCAUGCUAAGCAAAAUGGGGAUUUCCUGGAAACUUGUUAUUAAAUGUCCAUUUCCAAUUUCUUUUUCUUCAAAUGAUUCCUUUGCUAACUUGGGAUGUUAUUUUUAGAGACACAAAGUUCAUGCUUCAUUUAAACAUUCAUUUCUUUUAAGGCAAGGAAGUAAACCAUGUGGAAUCCAUGUAUUUGUAAGGAGUAUGAAAGUGAAGCUAUUUUGUUUGUAUUAAGCAUUAGCUGUUGUUUUGCAUUCUGCACUAAUGAGUAAAUCUGUUAAAAUCUUGCCUAACUUUGGUCUAUUUUUGACUUUUUGCUUUCUUCAUGCACAUUAAAAGGAACCCUGAAAACUUCUGUGGAGUUGCUUAGGAUGGUCACCAGUGUAACAAAACGCAGAUUUUUUUCUGUAAAGCUGCUUAUUUCCUUUCCUAGAUGCCCAUUGUAGGGCAUUAGAAGGGAAAGCUAUUGCCAUAAGCAUGGAUUCAUAUUUUAGCUUACUAAUGCAUGAUGUCCUUUUGCUACCUUACUUAAGUGAUGCUGUCACUGUAACCUAUGGGAAUCUUGCCUGGGUCAGGAGUAAAUGAAAUACCCAAGGCAAAGAUAUUAUGUUGCCUGAGGCCAGGCAAGGUACAUUGCAAAGUUUGUCUUUUUCUCCUCCAUUUGGAUUACAACAAUCUUAUGGUUUUGCUUUUUGAGGAUCAUCUGUCUGGUUCUGUAAGGAUUUGGUCUUGCUCCAGCUAAAAUAGUUUGAAAUACCUUGACUUUAGUUGAGUUAGGAGCAAGGCUUGAAAACAUUCAGGAAUUUCUCACUGCUGAUGUUUUAUGUGUGUUUUUGUUUUGUGAUUAUUUUUUUUUUUUUAAUUUCACAACCACAUGUACAAGGGUGCUCUGGAUGAGAUGGAUAUCUGUUGCUGAUAAUGGAAAAACAAAUGCCAUGGUUGCCAAAGGACAACAGAAAAUGGAGAAAUAUGGACCUGGUUUCUUUGAAGUUAUUGGCUGAGCUUCUUUUAUUUUGAGCUGGGGUUAACACCUGGAUAAAGUUGGAAGGAAAAAUAAAAUCCAGUUUGAAAUAAAUCUGGUCAAACAGUAGUUCUGGGAAUCUCUCCUUUAAAAAAGGUAUCACAGCUAAAAUUGUGUCACCUUACCUGAAAUACCUGCAGGUAAAAAAAGAAUUGAAUUUUUGAAAAUCAGUUUUUCAGUUUGUAUUUUGCAGGGGAAAAAUUACUUGAUUUAAUUUCCUUCUGCAUCUGUCCAGCAACAUCAUUUGCAAGUGCUUUGAACAUGUUUCAUCUAGAGCCUUCUUGUCAGGUUGUUUUGUACAUUUUUCCUUAUUUCCUUUAUAUUGUACUGACCCCCAUGAGGGAAUACUUGAUGAAAAUGAUUUUUUUCUUCUUCUUCAUUAUAUAAUAAACCAUCUUGCUCUUA